UGCUGGCGCCUGCGCAGUCAGUCGGGGCCCGUGCGUGGAGAUGGGCGCGGCGGCGGCCGAGGCCAACCGGACCCUGUUCGUGGGGAACCUGGACCCCCGGGUGACCGAGGAGCUGGUCUUCGAGCUCUUCCACCAGGCAGGUCCAGUAAUUAAAGUUAAAAUACCUAAGGAUAGAGAUGGUAAACCAAAGCAAUUUGCAUUUGUGAAUUUCAAACACGAAGAAUCUGUCCCUUAUGGAAUGAGUCUGCUUAAUGGGAUCAAACUUUUUGGAAGGCCCAUCAAAAUUCAGUUCCGAUCAGGCAGUAGUCAUGCAUCUCAAGAUGGCAAUUCAUCUUAUUUCCAGCAUGGAUCUGCUAAUACAAGUCCUUCCAGCACACCACAUUCAACACCAAAUUCAAACAGCAGAUAUGAUAGGAGCACAGAUAACACGUUAACAGGAUUCACAUCCACGCAGAUGCUGCAGAGGUCUUUCUCAUCUCCUGAUAACCUUCAGAGACAAAUGAUGAAUAGUGGUACACGGCAGCAGUCACAAUACAGUGGAAAGUAUGGUUCUCCGCAUGCAGAGCAGUCUAGUUAUAUCUCACCAGGGCAGCAGCAGAGUCAUUCAUUUAAUCAGUCUUCAGGCUCACAAAUGCAGCGUCGUCCAGAUGGAUCGUCAGCACAGCGCAAGAACAGGCUGAACUCCCAUCCUUAUAUGGACAGCAGACAUUUUAACCGUGAGCAGCGUUUUGGAGACUAUGGAUCUGAUCAUCAUUACAGAGGGAACAGAGAUGAGUACAGCUAUGAAGACAGGAGUCCUCAUGAUGCUGGAUCUGAUCACUAUUCUAGAGGGAACAGGGAUGAGUACUGCUAUGAAGACAGGAGCCAUGAUGGCUGGAGCCAUGACUAUAACAGAAGAGAGAACUACAGAGAUGGCAAAUGGCGCCCAUCCCGGCAUUAGCCAGUAUUUAAAGUGGACUCUAAAGAACUUUUAGGGGCUCUCUCCUCCAGAUCUCAAAUUAAUUUUAACAAAGUGUAUAGAGUAACAUUGUAAGUUACCUUUUAAAAAACUUUUGUAAAGUCAUGUACAUUACCUUUUUUAAAAAAAAGCUUCGUUUUUAUUGUAUUAACUUUUCACCUCAGGGUUUUAUGUGGAGAUGUGCCACAACUUUUUUAAAAAAAUCGUAGUUUGGGGAGGUGAAGUUGUACAGCUUGGUUGUAUUAAAAAAUUUUGUAUUUUUUGUAGUGUAACUAAAGUCUCUGCAACCAAUCUGGUGGUAAUCCCAUUAAACAAAUUCCUUGUAUGAUGUGUGGCAGUUUAAAUAUUGAAGACAGUGUUUCAUACUGAAAUAAAGGUUGCUUUUGAAAAUUUAAUGUAAUUGCCCUAUAAAAGCUGUGGAUAAAACAAUUUCAGUGUUCCAAGUUCUUGCAUUUAAGGACUUUGUUCUCAUUUGUUCCAAUCUUAGGUCUUUUGAUUUGUUUAAAAAUUAUGUGCAAUAGCCUAAAAUGUUUGAAGAAUUUAUGUAACUAAAACCAUUCAGGAACUGAUUACAUCCCUUGAUGAUGUUGUCUGUUUUAGAAAAUCUGAAUUUAGCCUGUGCCUCUUGAUGCAAAGAAUUUUUGUUUAAUGCACAGGAGAAACAGGUGCCUAUUUUAUACAUUUUUAGAUGUAUGCCCUUAAUUUUUAUGCAAUAUUAACUUUUAAAUCAGUUGCUGAAUUGUGGUCUGACUGAGCUACAGUAUACAAAAGUAAUAAGGGUUGAUUGAUUUGUUCCAGAGUAGUAACCAAGAGGCUGUUAGUGACAGAAUUCCACAUGUAUUGAGAUCUUGUUUAAAUAACUAUUCAUGUGCCCUGAUCACUUUAAUAUAUGUAUUCCUAUGUUUCAGUAUAGCAAUAAACUUUUUUAUGAAAGUA